AUGAACCUGCAUGGUGCUGGAGCGGUCAUGAACGGAGACACGAAUGACUCCACAAAUGAGCUGACUGAGAAGAUUCGCUUCCUGAAAGGCACUGCGAUAAGCGUAUGGCAAAAUUCGGGCGAUGGAGGAUCCAACUGGACCCGCUUUGCCAACAGCCUUUGGCCAUUCCGCUAUUUUGGCGUCAAAGCUAUUCGGGGAAAGUACAAUAUUGACGCAUGCAGCGAUUUCUGGAACAACUAUGAGCGAGACAUUAAGCUGGCCGCUGACAUUGGCAGCACAACGUUGCGCUUUUCCUUUGAAUGGGCGCGUAUCGAGCCGCAGCGCGGAGUCAUCGACAUGGAGGCCGUACGAAGGUACCACCAGAUGUUGGACUGCAUGGAGGCUCACGGACUGGAGCCCAACGCAACCCUGUGGCACUUCGUACAUCCCACGUGGUUCGAGGACGCGGGGGGGUUCACCCGGGAGGAAAACAUACCGGCGUUUGUGGAGUACAGCAAGCGCUGCUUCGAGUGGUUCGGAUCCAGAAUCCGGUUGUGGGCCACAUUCAACGAGCCCACGUGCUACAUGUUCCUGGGCUUCAUUGUGGGCAUUGCACCCCCGGGCCGCAUCUUCGACCUGGCUGGUGCGGGUCGCAUGCUGAGCACCAUGCUGAAGGCGCACGUGGAGGCGUACCGGGCCAUCAAGGCGAUGCCGGGCGGGGAUAAGGCCCAAGUUGGACUCGUGAGCCACCACAUUACCUUCGAGGCGGAAGCGGACGGCAUCUUACACGGUGUCGCCAAGAUGCUGUCCGAUUGGAUGACGUAUUGGUGGGGCUGGGACGUCGUGGAGCAUUGGAUGCUGACGGGCGAGUUCGUGUGGAAGCUUCCGGUGCUGGGUGUGUGGCAGCAAUGGAAGGAUCCAGCCGGCAAGCCACCGUGCGACUGGUGGGGCAUCAACUACUAUUCACGCGGCAUUUUCUCCUGGUACUUGCUACCGAGCUGCCGACAUCAAGAAGUCAUGACGGACAUGUACUACCCCAUCUACCCCGAGGGAAUGUACCGCGCGAUUAAGAGAUGCUCCGAAUUCGGUAUCCCAAUGUACAUCACGGAAACCGGAAUUGCGGAUUCCAGGGAUGAUCGGCGUGCGAUUAUGAUCGACGCGUACUUCAAGGAGGUCAUGCGCGCUGUGGCCGAGGGCUACGACGUCCGUGGUUUCUACUACUGGACGCUGAUCGACAAUCUAGAAUGGGCCACGGGCUACACGAUGAAGUUCGGGUUGUACUCGUGGGAGCCGGAUGGAAGUGUGGACCGCAAACUCAAGGUGGAGGGGGGGGCGCGAGGGCGGUUCGGGAGCAUGGGAGGGUUCGGUUCGGAGGGCAGCAAGACGCUUAUACGGUACUUCCGUACACUGCCGGAUGACCUGGCAGGCGUGCGCGAGGCGGCCCAGAAGGCGCAGGCAGUGCUGGGAGCCGACAUGGGCGUGGAAGAAGAACUAGAGGAGGAGGGCUUUGUGCGGAUGGGUCCGGACGGGAAGAUGAUGCCGGGCGGCAAGGGCAGGGGCGACAGGGGCGAGGUGGAGAUGGGCAAGGGUGUGGGUUUAUUGGCCAUUGGCUGAGGCUGGAUGUCAUGCCAAUCGAGUGACCUAACGGGCCAGACGAUUGGGUAAAUACAUAUCUACCCUGGCAAGGGUAGAAUCUUAGGAGUUGGGAGUGGAGUAGUCGCUGCGCCACCGCAAUUUAGAGGCACCCGAUAUUCCCUUUCUUGUCCUUGUUCGCCGGAACGGGAAAGGGAAAAAGUGGACGGGAUGUGAUAUCGGUGGCUUCGCAGGGGGACAUCUGGGAGCUGCGGUUGGGGGUUUUAAUCGGAAAUAUCACUGUCUUACACUGCGGUGUAAGCCGAAGCCUUGGAUGGGCUUUUGAGUCGCGCAGACGCGAACUGAGGUGCCGUGAGGUGUGACGGCUGCGUGCGAGUUUUAGGAAGGAGGCGCUGCAUGGCAUUAUGGAGUAGUAUGAAGCCGCUAAGUUGGUUGAGGCAAUAUGGGGUCAUCCGUUUUGCUCAAAGGGUAUAUAACUUGCGUCACACGCUUGGGGUUUUGCUCGGGCGCUGCGAGGAGAGAAGGGAUUAUGGGAGGAACUAGGUGUGAAUAUCUCAUCAGAAGAUAAUUGACAGGGGACGCUCGGGGCCCUGAGCAAGACUGCUCAUGUGACUGCGCAGGUGGGCUGUGGUAUGAGAACUGCGGAUUAGGUGUUAAGGCGGAUAGCUGUUUUACUGGAAACCAUGAUCGACGAAGUGCGCAUAUGAGAAACUAUCUC